UCCCCCGCGCUGCCGCGGCCCAAGAUGGCGGCGGGCGGGCGGUGGCUGCGGAGCUGCUUCUCCCUGCUCAGACAAAACUUCCCUGUUCUGGCCGACAUCAGGGGACGCUGCCUCUCGGGAGGGAAGGGACGAUGGCACCAAGUGGUGGGGCUGGGAGUGGCCUUGUGUGCAGUCCCAGUCGUGGAGAAGCAGAGCUCCGUCGCUCUCAGUAACGAAGCCUUGAUUAAAAGAGCAGUUUCCUUGGUAACAGACAGCACUUCUACACUCCUCUCUCAAACAACCUAUGCACUGAUUGAAGCACUGACAGAGUACACAAAGGCAGUUUAUACCUUGGUGUCUCUCUACAAGCAAUAUGCAAAUCUCCUUGGGAAGAUGAAUUCUGAAGAGGUGGAUGCGGUCUGGCAGGUGGUGAUAGGAGCCAGAGUUGAUAUGACAGCAAAACAGCAGGAAUACCUACGGCUGGAAUCCAGCUGGAUGACAGCCUUACGUCUCUCGGAGAUGGCAGCAGAAGCUGCCUAUCAGUCAGGUGCAGACCAAGCCUCAGUCACAGCCCGCAGCCACAUCCAGCUGGUGAAAUCCCAGGUGCAAGAGGUGAGACAGCUGUCCCAGAAGGCAGAGACCAAGUUAGCUGAAGCUCAAACAGAAGAGCUCAUAAAAGCUCAAGGAGAGGAAUCUUCAUUGCCACAGGGUGUUCUAGGAAGCACAGAGGCAGGUGAUGACCCUUACCUUCGGGAGGACUGAGAAGAGUUUUAAGUGUCACCAUAGAACAUGUGAGAGUCAACCACAAAUUGAAAAGUCCCAAACUUUUGAGUGUGGGAUAGUGGGAAACUCCUGAAAUAAGCCUAUGAUUCGAUUUUCCCUCCCUGAAACAGGAUUGCUUUACAAAUCAAGUCCAAGCAUCUGAAAGGCCUUGAUCUUAUUUGUAAUUUAUCAUGUUUGUAAUACUUAUGGAUUCAAUUAUUUAAAUGUUUAACUAUGCAAAUGUGAAAGUUGCUAUCAAGGAUAGCUUGUUGUUAAUUGUCUCUCUGCUGGGAGGGUCCUACAGUUCGUUUGAUGUUUGUAAGAGCUCUCUAAUUUAGAGGCUGAUUGAGUACCAGCCAAAGAAGUGUAUUUAAAAGUCCUUAUUUUUCACCUGUGAUGUAAAUGGUGUCAUUUAGGAGAUACCUCUAUUAAACUGUGCAAAAGCA